UGAACACAAUUCAAGGAACCGACUCGGUUCCUCGAAUCCUCGGUGCUCGGUUCAGGGAAAUUUGACAGCAGACAGUUCGACUAUUCUGCGAAUCAGUCAAUGGAUUUUUCAUUGUGUAUUUCGACGAGUGCAAGCAUUAUAUUAUUUAUGUGCAACUGCGAUUAAAUAUAGACGAACGGUUAAUAAAACAAGUAUUUUGAGAGCUACUAAAGAUUCCUGACGUUUUCGUCUGAUAAGGUACAUGUUUAUAGAUAAAACAUGUCUCGUCGAAAAAAUCAGAGACGUCGUAACAUUGGUGAAGAUACAAGGAUUGCUGUGAAUCUGACAAUUAAGAAACUUCUAGAAAGUCCAGAUCAAAAGGAAUUAGAAUUUCCCUCAUCGUACGCAGCAGAAGAAAGGGCAUAUAUUCACGAACUUGCAAAAGAUAUGGGACUAAAAUCUAAAAGUCGUGGGAAAGGCGCGAAUCGAUUUUUGACAGUUUACAAACGAGAAGGUUCGACUAUCGUGCAAGCUGACGCUGUAAUAAAAUUACAAAAGAAUUCAAAGCAAGGAAUCUACAACUUAAUUGAAAAGUUUCCUCUAGACAACAAAGAACGUCGGGACUUACUUCCUCCCACUGAGAGGGAACGUGCCGUAGAUGGAGAUGUUAACACCAACACGAAAGCCAUGGGGCGGCUAAACAACAGUAUUCCACAAGUUCCCCAGUUAAGAACCAACCCCGAUGUAGUAAAUUUCCGCAACUCGUUAACUGUCUACUCCAAGAAAAAUGAGAUACUUCGUGCAAUUAACACCAGUCAAGUAGUUGUAAUUUCCGGAGAGACUGGAUGCGGUAAAACGACUCAAGUUCCCCAAUACAUUCUGGAAAAUUGUCAGCAAAGAAAUCAAACCUGCAGGAUUAUUUGCACUCAACCAAGAAGAUUAUCGGCCGUAUCAGUAGCCGAAAGAGUAGCAUUUGAGAGGGAUGAAAAGGUUGGACAAACCUUUGGGUAUCAAAUCCGUCUAGAAAGUCGAGUUGCCCCAAAAACUCUCUUAACUUACUGCACGAAUGGAGUUUUACUCAGAACUUUAAUGGGUGGAGAUUCGGCUUUGGCGAUGAUUACUCACAUCAUUGUAGACGAAGUUCACGAGCGGGACAGAUUUUGUGAUUUCCUACUCAUCACCUUGAAAGAUGCUCUCGUGAAAUUCAGAUCCUUAAAGGUGAUUCUUAUGAGUGCGACGAUUGACACUAACGUAUUCACAAAGUACUUCAACAACUGUUCAGUGGUUAGCGUACCUGGAAGAUGUUUCGAGGUCGACACCUAUUACCUCGAAGACGUUUUAAAAAUGACUGGUUACAUGACGAAGGAAAUGGUUAUAAAAAAGAAAGAGUUUACAAACAAGAAGGAUCAGCGCAAAGUCUUGGAAUCUUGGACUCAGUAUAAACCGCAGAAUGCAGCAGCUAGUUUAUCAAGCGAAAGAAACUUACUACCAGCGCCGAUUUUAGGUCAGCAGAGUGAACCAAUUCUUGAGAAGGUUGAGUUGGAACCUUGGCUGAAGGAAGAAAUGGACAAAUCUAUUUCGGAAACUUGGUUGAAUGGAGGAGAGGACAAUUUCACUCAACUAUUGCAUCUGAUCCUCUCUGAGAAUGUCUCUGUUGAUUAUCAACACUCGACCACUUCUGUAACGGCGUUGAUGGUUUCUGCAGGUCGAGGUUGUUUAAACACAACUGAGCAGCUCUUGAAUCUCGGCGCAAACUUAAAAAUACGAGCAAGUAACGAGUGGACAGCCCUUGAUUGGGCCAAGAUGAUGAAACAGACCGAAUGCGCUGAAUUAAUUGAAGCCUACAUGAAGACUUUUGAUUGUCCUGUACAGGAUAACGAGACAUCACAGAAGGAUUUGCCCUUAUCAGAAGAUGAGAAGCUACUUUUGGAUAUUUAUCAUCACUCAUUCAAUGACGAGAAUAUCGAUUACGACCUUCUUCUCGCCCUUAUUUCAUAUAUUCAUUUAAAAAUGCCACUAGGAGCGAUUCUCGUUUUUCUUCCUGGGUACGAUGACAUCGUCUCCAUGAGGGAAAAGAUCAACAGUGACGAGAAACUUAACCAAGGUCUACGUACUAAUUUGUUUGUUCUCCACUCUAACAUGCAGACCUCGGAUCAGAAGCGAGUCUUUAAACCAACUCCUCAAGGAACGAGAAAAAUUAUUCUUUCUACGAAUAUUGCAGAGACGAGUAUUACCAUUGAUGAUAUCGUUUACGUUAUUGAUUGUGGCAAAGUCAAGGAGAAAUCGUUUGAUGCUAUUUCUGGAGUUUGUAUGUUGAGAUCCAACUGGAUUUCCCAAGCUUGUGCAAAGCAACGUAAAGGAAGAGCUGGAAGAUGCCAGAAAGGUAUCUGUUAUAGACUCUUUUCCUCGAUUCGGUUCAACAAUAUGCCGCCUAAUCAAACUCCGGAGAUUCUGAGGCUACCCUUGCAAGAAUUGUGCUUGUACACGAAACACUUGGCUCCUGGAAAUACGCCGAUUGCAGAGUUUUUGGAAAGGGCUUUGGAACCACCAUCUAAUAUCGUAACUAGGAACGCAGUACAGUUGCUGAAAACGAUUGACGCUUUGGAUCCAUGGGAGGAUCUCACGGAACUUGGAAGUCAUCUGCUUGAUCUGCCGGUUGAGCCGCGAUUGGGCAAGAUGUUGCUCUAUGCGGUGGUGCUCAAGUGUUUGGAUCCAGUUUUGACGAUCGUGUGCAGUUUGGCCUACAAAGAUCCAUUUAUUCUUCCUGGUCAACCAUCACAAAAACGAGCAGCGACGAUGGCUCGAAAAAAGUUCUCAGCUGGUACUUACUCCGAUCACAUGGCAGUCUUACGAGCCUUCCAAAAUUGGCAGAAUGCUAGAGCCAAUGGAUGGGAACGGAUAUUUUGCGAGAAGCACUUUAUCUCUGCUGCUGUUAUGGAGAUGGUUGUUGGAAUGCGGACUCAACUUUUGGGUCAACUCAGAGCUUCUGGUUUUGUGAGAGCCAGAGGACCUGGUGAUAUUCGAGAUUUAAACUCAAACUCUGAGAACUGGGCUGUCGUCAAAGCUGCCUUGACGGCAGGCCUUUAUCCAAACGUCAUACGAGUGGACAGAGAACACUUUCAGCUCAGAACUCAAAAAGAAGUAAAAGUUUACUUUCAUCCGUCCUCAACUGUACGAGAUUUUCCAAAAUCUCCUAGAACAACUUCAGCACAAGCUCACUCUGGAACUGUGGAGUCACUGCCAUGUGAUUGGAUGCUCUAUGAAGAAAUGAGCCGCUCUGGUCGCUUCUGUCAUGUCAAGACUGUCACUGUUGUUAACCCAAUCACGAUUGCCUUAUUCAGCGGACCAGCUCGAUUGCCGAUGGAUGUGAUUUAUGAAGCUGAAUCAAUCCCAGAAAGCGAGUCUGACUCGGAAGUAGAUGAAGGACAUGAAGGAACAACGAUUUUGAAACUCGAUGACUGGGUUGUUUUUAAACUCGACCACGAAGCAGCUCAAUUAAUUUUACAUCUAAGGCAAAAGUGGAAUGCUCUUUUCUUGAGAAGAAUGAAGUAUCCAAGCAAAACGAUGUCUCAGCAAGAUGAGCAAGUGAUUAAAACGCUCGUUGCCGUAAUAACUAAUGAAGAGUUGGCUUGCGGACUUCAGCAACCAUCGGGAAUAGGACAGAGGCCUCGUCCACUCAUUGUUGAUUAUUAUCCAGCUAAUGCCAGAAGAUCUGAAGAAUAUGAAGAGCGCAAUUUCUAAGUAACAGACCGUCAACAUUGAAUCUUUUCAAGUGUGAGAACUCUUUUUAUAUUUAAGUAUGUCUAUUCUAUGAGAUUUAACCCAAGUUGUACAAGUAAAGACUAAUUUCUAAUAAGAAAAUUGAAGAAAACAAUCUGUUUUUUGCAAGAGAAUUAAAUGAUUGGAUGAAAUAUUGGAUGAUCUGUAUCACUGCAGCAACAUUUUUUUGUAAAUUGAUUAUUUCUAAUAAUUUAAAUCAAUAUAAUAUCACAUUGUACGAUAUUUGAGUAGAAUAUCCCAGUACUAACAAAGGUAAAAGUUCGUAUACCUUUAAAAAAUGUGAUAUUUGUAAUUCUUUUUAACUUUAGUAUUUGUAACUAUACAAGUGUACAUUUAUGGUAUCGAUUACAAUUUGCAAUGUUGAAUGUAUUAAACUUUGUCGAAUAAGGAGUGCGACUAUAUGUACAAAUAAUAUACUUAAUUUGGUUGUAUUGAGUUCUAUCAUAAAAAUCCGAGCAAAAGUCGAAUGAAAUUAGAGACUGCGUGGCUUAUUGAAGUUUAUGAUUUUUAGUAUCGUGACUUUCUUUGCAUUAUUUUUCUGGUAUUGAGACUUAAGUAAUUGUAAGCAUUUGAUGUUUUUCAUUCGGAGGAAACAACGAAAAAGUUAUUAAAAUAUGUUUCAUUAAAA